CUUAGUAAUAACUGGGCUGGGCCAUUAAAGCCCAGUGGGUAAUCGUUCGGACAGAUCGAUCCAGGCGAGUUUAGCGGCCUAAUCGGCGACGACAUCGCGACCAUGUAACCCCCCCUCAUCAGCCUCUUUCUUCUGCUUUCUGGUUAGAGACAGUGCAAUCGCUGCGUGUACCUUUCUUCUUUCUACUCUUCACCACCAUUGGCAAAUUCGCCCAUAGCCACCCACCCUGCCUCGCUUCCAUCUCAAUCACGCUCAACACAAACGAUGGAUAGAUACCAGAGGGUGGAGAAACCCAAAGCAGACACUCCAAUUAACGAAAAUGAGAUCCGCAUUACCACUCAAGGAAGGAUGAGGAACUAUAUCACAUAUGCUACAACUCUCUUUCAAGAGAAAGGAUCUGAUGAAAUUGUUCUUAAAGCAAUGGGACGUGCAAUAAAUAAAACUGUAAUGAUUACCGAGCUAAUAAAGAGAAGGAUUGUUGGUCUGCACCAGAACACUCAAAUUGGAUCAACUGAUAUAACCGACACAUGGGAACCACUAGAAGAAGGCCUUCUUCCUUUGGAAACCACUCGUCACGUUUCAAUGAUCACAAUUACUUUGUCAAAGAAAGAGCUGGAUACAUCCUCCACAGGAUAUCAACCCCCUCUCCCAGCGGAUCAAGUCAAACCUUUAAAUGAAUACGAAGAGGAAGGAGAAGGCUCGCCAAGGAUGCGAGGAAGGGGAAGGGGGCGUGGAAGGGGCAGGGGAAGAGGUAGAGGAAUGUACAACGGGGGUAUGGAAUAUGGUGAUGGUUGGGAUGGUGGACGUGGCUAUGGUGGUAGAGGACGUGGCCGUGCAUGGGGUCGUGCUUUCCGUGGGCGAGGACGAGGCUAUGGCUCCCAGCCGGUUGGACACUACGACAAUGGUGAAUACGAUGCACCACCUGCGCCACGGGGCCGAGGGCGUGGAAGGGGAAGAGGCCGUGGACGUGAUUUUGAAGCAGGCGGUGGAGCAGCUGCUUGAUCACUGGGCGUUGGUUGUCAUGUAUAUGAUCUGUUAGAAGAGGGUUGCCUCUCUGCUUAGUUAUUUGUUAGAGUUUUAUUUUGUAUUAUUUGAAGGGGUCAGUGUUUCAGCCAUGUUCCUGCAGUUUUGUUUUUGUAUUCUUUUCCCUUGUAAGUUCGGCAGGUUGAGCUAGAGGUGACGUUGUUCUGUCCAAAAGCUAGACCAUCUUGGUCUAGUGGUAUGCAACUGUUUAGUGGUGACUAGUUUCAGUCAGUUGUCCUAUCUCCGCACUUGAAUCCCAAUUUGUUGUAAUUUGACAUUGCCACACAUACUAAACUUAAACUGAUUUUUUACA